AUGUCCUUCCCACAGCUGCUAAGACGCUCAUCGUUCGCCCAACACGACCCCCUCAUCACUCGCAUAUACACCUCCACCCCUUCUUCCAUAUCACAAACCGGCGACUGGGGCCUCAAAUACCCCAUUCAUCGCAAAAACCCCAAAUACAUCAAGGUCUCAAAUCUCGAUGCUGGCGCAGCGGUAGGCGCGGACUGGCGGUCAGGCGAGACGGAGGCGAGGUUUACAGAAACAUGGGGGACGGGACGAGUGCGGUGGCAGAGGCAUAGUACAGAUGUGCGGCAGGCGAUGCGAACCACUGCGCGGAACUCUUACGACUUUUUGAAUGACGGAGCUGGAGAGGAGAAGCAGGGACCGCAUCUCCUGCCGGAUCUGGAGGCCAUGACGCCAGGGGAGUUUGAGCGGUAUCUGGAGAGGAUAAGAGAGAAGCGCAAAGAGUUCUUGCCGGUGCGGCUGAACCAGCUGGCGGCCAAGGAUCAGGCGGGAUGGAGAGAGGACGAGGGAGACUUUACCCUCGUCAACCUCGGCGUCAGCGGUCACUCGGUCGACACGCACGGAGCCAACAUGCAGGCGUCGCUCGUACACGACAACAUCACUCGGUCCGGCUCCAAAGCCCUCCAAGCCAACCCCCAUCCCCUCGGCGGACUCUACUAUUCCCAGCACAUCUCCUCCACCCCCCAUCACCCCACUCACGGCAUAACCUAUGUCGAUCCCCGCACAACCUAUCCCGGACGAGCGGUCAACAAAAAGAACAUCUCCCAGCACCGCCAGGACGGGCUACAGGCGGGAUUCAACGCCCCAGUCGCGAACAAUGCUCCGCUCGUUGUGAGCAUUGGCGGUCUGACCGCUCAAUCGUCGACGAACAGCAUUCAGACCGCGGACACGUCGUCCAUCUCGGAGACGGACUAUACACGGACAGAGCCCGAACGCGGCGUCGGCCGGUUCACCAUGCGUACGGCCAGGCUCGAAUCCCUCCCCACCGUUGUCAACCUCCAGUCGAGCGACUUGUCGCGGAGAUACGGCAACAACCCCGUCAGCAAAGCCAAGCGCGCUUCCCCUAUGGAAACGUUCCAGUUCAACAUUGAGCUGGAGCUCGCUAGCGCCGCUACCAGACCAAAUCAGGGCAAGCAGUCGCUGAUUCCUGGUUCUCCCGAGUGGGUCGCGCGAGAACCUGGGAGGCGGGCGUCUCUGUCGCGGGGGGAUGAGCUGGGGAGGAGAGGGGAACCGCUUGGGAGUUCCAAAAAGGACAGAAUCAAGGGCGCGGCGUUGGGGGGACUGAAGAGCGAAGAGGCGGCUCUAAGGGCGGCAGAAAAGCAGGCGACAGAGGGACACAGGAAGAGGAUGGACGGACUCUUGCACUCGAUACACAAGAGGAGUACGGGACUGAGAGGGACGGAUGGGCGGUGA